GUGCUCCCACCGCCUCCCCCGAGCUCCUUCCCCGGCCUCCGUGCCCCGCUGCUCCCGCUUGCCCCUCGGCCCUCCACGCCCCGUGCUCCCGCCGGUCCGCGCCCCGCCGCCGCCCCGCCGCAACCAUGGAAGCCAUCAAGAAGAAGAUGCAGAUGCUGAAACUGGACAAGGAGAACGCCAUCGACCGCGCCGAGCAAGCGGAGGCCGACAAGAAGCAGGCGGAGGACCGCUGCAAGCAGUUGGAGGAGGAACAGCAGGGUCUGCAGAAGAAACUGAAGGGCACAGAGGAUGAAGUGGAGAAGUAUUCUGAGUCAGUCAAGGAGGCCCAGGAGAAGCUGGAGCAGGCGGAGAAGAAAGCUACAGACGCUGAGGCUGAAGUGGCUUCUCUGAACCGCCGUAUCCAGCUGGUGGAGGAGGAGCUGGACCGAGCCCAGGAGCGCCUGGCCACUGCCCUGCAGAAGCUGGAGGAGGCUGAGAAGGCAGCUGAUGAAAGCGAGAGAGGCAUGAAGGUCAUCGAAAACAGGGCCAUGAAAGAUGAAGAGAAGAUGGAGCUCCAGGAAAUGCAGCUGAAGGAGGCAAAGCACAUUGCAGAGGAGGCUGACCGCAAAUAUGAGGAGGUUGCCCGCAAGCUGGUUGUACUUGAGGGAGAGCUGGAGCGCUCAGAGGAGAGAGCAGAGGUGGCAGAGAGUAAAUGUGGUGACCUGGAGGAGGAGCUGAAAAUUGUCACCAACAACUUGAAGUCCCUGGAGGCCCAGGCUGACAAGUAUUCCACCAAGGAGGACAAGUACGAGGAGGAAAUCAAGCUUCUAGGGGAAAAACUGAAGGAGGCUGAGACACGGGCAGAGUUUGCAGAGAGGUCUGUUGCGAAGCUGGAGAAAACCAUCGAUGAUCUAGAAGACCGGUCCCAGCAGGAGGCUGAGAAAAACCGCGUUCUCACUAAUGAGCUGCGGGUCAUCCUUACCGAACUUAACAACUGAGCUGCCCAGAACUCCUGACCCCAGCCCAGCCUCCCUGCCUUGUUCUGGCCAGGCUGGCUCUGGGCUGGGAGCCCUUACUUGCUCCCUGCCAGGGUUACGUGGCAUGUGGAGCCUUGGCUUGUCCCCGUGGGUGUAGCCACCCUGCUUGAGGGGGACAGGGAGCCCCUCUGGAGCUGAUCGGUUUUUCCUGGGAGAGGAAUGAGGGUUUUUGUGAUGUCCUGGGACACUCAUGUGGUGAUGGCUGUCCCCCAUCAUCAGGCUGGCCCUGCUGGGGGAGGGACACAGUGAUUUCUGUUGCUGCCUUCAUCCCCUUGUCCCAGGAGCCAGCAGCCUCUUCCUCCUCACUGUGGUCACCCCAAACUGUGCAGGGAGGAUCCCCUUGGAGUGGGGUCCCUGCAUGGUGCUGGGAGGGCUGGGAUAGGACCUGGGGACUUGACAGCACUUCCUGCCUCAAGUCUGGGGCAGGGGACAGGGAAGAGCCCAGUAAUGGAAGAUGGGGCUGGGUGGGCAGAGCUCUUAUACAAUCCCUGUCUCUAGAGGGAAAGAGGAUGCCAUUUGAAAGUGAACCCUGGAAGCUGCCUCAGCAGUGGGCUGCCUGGCAGAGCUCCUCCCUGAAGUCUGUUAGCUCUGCUCCUUCUCUCUCUGCUGUUCUCUCUGCCUGCCCUCUGGGGCUGCCUCACUCCUUCAUGGAGCACCACUGGAUCAUGCAGCAGGCGCUGGUUCUUCUCUUUCACUGGCUAAGGGCAUACACAGCAUGUAGUGGUGAUGCCCUGGGGCUGGAUGCGCUAGUGGCUGGCCAAGGAAUGGUACCUGUCUGCAGCAACUGCAUUGCAGAGGGACUGGCCACGGGCAGUGGGGCACCAUGGGAGGAUGGAAAAGCUGAAGAGUGGGGACUGCCUGUCCCUAGUGAUCAGCCUGGGUGGUCUGGCCGCCCCAGCAGGUCCUGGAGUGGCUGGACUGAUCACUGCUGGUGAUGGGGCUGCUUGCAUGGACCCUGCUCCACAGGGGGCCCCCACUCAGCUGGAGGCUGUUGCUGUACUGAAAUGUCCAUUUGUGUGUGUGUGUCUGUGCUUGGUGUGGUGUGGGUGGGUCUGGCUGCACCUGGAUAUACUUGGGCUGUGUCUGUGUGUGUGUGGCUGUGUCCCCCUUGUAU